CAGACCGAUCAGGCGGGAGAGAGGGAAAAUAGAAGAUGCUGCUCUGGAGAAGCUCAGCCCUCACUCUGCUGUUGACUCUGCAGUUUGCGGCUGGCUCUUGGGCUCAUACAUGCCAGGCUCCUGAGAGGAAAUGUGACUUUGUGUGCGACUGUGCUGACUGCGGCGAUGAGCAGGACUGUGGCUACAGCGGGAGAGGGUUUGCAUGUGACUUUGAUGAAGCGGGAACGUGUGGAUGGUCUGACCAAUCCUUGAAUGCAGCAGUGUACGGCUGGGAGAGACGACAGAGAGGAGGGGACACGCUGCCCAACAGCGGGCCGUCCUCCGACUACUCCACCGGGACAGCUACAGGGUGGUUUAUGGGAGUGAGCGCAGUGACGUCAGAGUCUCCCAGCUCUGCGGUUUUAGAAUCCCCAGAGAUGAAACAGUCUUCCCAAACCUGUCGCCUUCGUCUCAGAUACUUCCUGUGGGACUCAGGUCACUCCAGUCUGGGCUCCACGCCAUUAUGGGCGUCCAUCCUUCGCCAGGACCUGCGUGAGACCGUCGUGUGGCGUCCGGAGGCCACCAGCGUCCGCGGCUGGAGGGAGGCCACCGUCUUCCUGGGCCGCAUUCCCACCGGCUUCCGCAUCCGUUUGCAAUCGCGGCGCUCCACUGGGCAAAGAGGAGAUGUGGCGGUGGACCAGCUAGAGUUUCUGGACUGUGCUCUGCCCUUGCCUCUCCCUGGGGAAGGCUGUCCCCUAGAGAUGAAGCCAUGUAAGCGGGGGGGCUGCGUGGAGCGCAGACAGCUCUGUGACGGCAGCGACGACUGUGGGGACAGGACUGAUGAGGAGAACUGUGGGUACCGGCUAUGUGACUUCGAGGAGGGCCUUUGUGAUUGGGACCUGAGGUCACUGUCCAAACUGACAUGGGUCAGGACCAAUCAGGAGAGCAUCUCCUACACGGAUCCUCUGAAGGGACCAGGCAGGGAUCACUCCAGCAACAGUGCAGCAGGUCACUUCCUUUAUGUCACUGUCCCUGAGGAUGGUCUCACAGAUGACUGGGCUGCAUUCCAGAGUCCCCGCCUCGAGCCCACCAACGUUACAUAUCCUUGCAAGAUGGUGAUGUACACUCACCAGUUUGGGCCGAGGUCCGGCGGUCUGACGGUGCUGGUGGCAGAUACUGAGAUCUACCCGGUGUGGGAGAGGGGUGGUGCUCUAGGCGACGUCUGGGUGAAGGCAGAGGUGGAGAUUGUCACAGACUCCAUUUUCCAAAUUGUGAUAAUGGCAGCAGUCAGGGACUUUGCGUAUGGAGGUAUCGCUGUCGACAGCAUUGUGUUGUCUCCUGAAUGCCGCGUGUCGUCUGCCAAUGAUACCUGGGCAGGUUUCCCUAAACCUCCUAAAAACCCGUGUACUGAACCAGACAAGAUGUGUGAUUUCCAUCGAGACUGUGCCGGAGCCGCGGAUGAAGACAAAUGUGGGGAUUUCUCUUACACUGAGGGCAGCUCCGGCUGGACUGACGCCAGCAUUGGGAGUCAAGGUUGGAUGCUACAUGAAAAUGUCACAUCCAAAGAUGAGUACCUGUACGUAUCCGAGGCCCCUGGCCAGCAGCUGACCGAGGCCCAGACUCGGACCCCUCUCCUGGGCCCCUCCGGCCCUGCCUGCACCCUGAGCUUUGAUUUUGCUCUAUCAGGGGAUCUAGAUCACAUUGGUGAGCUGUCCGUCAGGGUGAUUGACAGCUUGCUGGGCGUGCGGCCCAAGCUGUGGGAGUUCAGUGGGAGAACUGGAACAGGGGGGGCGUGGCAACACGUCGACCUGCCUAUUGGUUUCAGAAAAGAUCGCUUCCAGCUGGCCCUCGAAGCUCGUGCUGUGAAACUUCCUCCAAGCGCAGAAAUUAAAGUGAAAAACGUUAGCUUUGUCAGCUGUCAUGCUGAUUAUUUCCCAUCCUCUCCAACAGGGCUGACGUGUAACUUUGAGGACGGACUGUGUGGAUGGUAUCAGGACAACAGUGACAACUUUGACUGGGCGGUGCUGGAUGGGACGGACCACACCAUCGGGAUCGGCAGAAGUCUCAUGGUGGACAUGUGGAGUCCUUCUCUGCGCGGUGCGUUCGGACGCUUAGUUUCAUUCACACAGUCACCAGGUCCUUCAGAUCACUGCCUUUCCUUCUUCUACAAACUCUACGGGCCAAACACAGGUGCUCUGAAUGUGAAGCUGUUGGAUAAAAACGGUUACGAGAAAGUCCUCUGGACCCGUAGUGCAGCUCAUGGCAACGUGUGGCACGAGGCGCACUGCCCGGUACCACACCAGUUAAUAAACUUCAAGCUGAUGUUUGAAGCAGUCCGCUCUGGUUUUGACGGGCGCGUUGCCAUUGACGAUGUGGCGUUUGUGGAUGGUCCGUGCACCAUGCCGAGGAUGUGUUCCUUUGAAGGCCAGCGCUGUGGAUACAGCAGCUCUGGUAAAGUUAAUUGGCUCCACCGCAGCGGAUACACCGUCACGGUGACCGGACCCAGGACUGACCACACUCUGGAGACUGAACUGGGUUUCUACAUGAUGGCUAACACCGGGGUGGACUUCCUUCCGUCUGGUGGUACGUCAGUCCUUACCUCCCCUGUUCGCCAAGGAACCGCCAAGACUGAGUGCGUUCAUUUCUGGUAUCACAUGGGCGGAGUGAAUCCUGGUUCUCUGACAUUGUAUAUGAAGCCGGUGCAGGGAGAAAGGGUGAAGAUCUUCUCUGACAGUCUCAACCAGGGAGAUGUCUGGCGCCAUGGCAACGGAAACAUCUCGAGUACCCUUGUGGACUGGCAGCUGGAAUUUGAGGUGGUUGGAGCCGGAGGCAAAGACACUCACAUUGCAGUCGAUGACAUCUUCAUUUCAGCUCACCCAUGUGAAGACCAAGGUUCUAAGUGCAGUCUAGAGAGAGGGAUGUGUAGCUGGAGCAACACUCAAAGCGUUACAGUGGACAAACUGGACUGGGCGCUGACGAGUCAGGAGGCAGACAGCCAUUACCCCAACCUGCCUGAGGACCACAGUCUGGGCACAGAGAAAGGUCACUUCCUGUUCUUUCCGAGCAGCAACCGGACGGCAGCCAAAGAAAACGCUAUGUUGCUGAGCCCCCACCUGUCCCCGACCAAGGGUACCUGCCUGAAAUUCUGGGUCUACAAACCAUACUCAUCGGACAACAAGCUGAUGGUUUGGAGGCUGUCUGAAGGUCGUCUCAAUCAGCUGCUGGUGGUGAGUGAAGUGGGAGGGCCGUGGAAACGUUUUGACGUCAACAUCAUAUCUACUGAGGAAUACCAGAUUGUGUUUGAAGGAAUCAAAGGCACAUCAGGCGUUAUAGCUCUGGAUGACAUUGAGUACUCUGUCGGAGUCAACUGCGCCAACAGAGUUACAGAUGCACUCACGACCUCCCCAAAGCGAGACAACACCGGAGGGAUCGCAGCGUCCAUCAUCGUGGUCCUGUUGCUGAUCGCCACACUGAUCGUCCUUCUGAUUUACUACCUGCGAACCAAACAGAUAGUCAAUGCCGCGCCGCCCGGUCUGUCAUCCCCACCAUCAUCAUCUUCCUCAGCUAAUGCUGGCUUCAAUAACCAAUCAUAUGAACCAGAGCUUACACAGGAUCGUGUGAUUAUUCAACGGAUGCAGAACCAUCCGAUGGCGGCUGGAUUCAAUAAUGUCACUGUCUCUGCUGAUGUCAGAGAGAUGGAGGUGGCGUGAGGCAGGAGGAGCGCUGGUCCUGCCACCAAAAGGUGGCCUUGUAAAAAUGAGGCGAUAUCACAGCAGAAGAACUGCUUGUGUCGCCCUUACAUGACACACACACACAUACACACACACACACACACACACACA